UAUAUGUAUAUAUAUGUAUAUAUAUAUCUCUCUCUCUCUUGGAGAAGAAACUGAGAAAGUGAAGUAAAGAUUAACAGUUGAUAUGAUAUAUGGCGAUUGCACGGAGAUUUCUAUCAAGCAAUAAUUCGUCGACAGGUCCGCCGUCUGUGGCGGAUCCGCCGUCUGAGGUGACUGUGGAAUCUGAUUUCGUGGUUAUACUGGCGGCGCUGCUGUGCGCGUUGAUUUGUGUGGUAGGGCUUAUUGCGGUUGCUCGGUGUGCGUGGCUGAGGAGAGGCGGCGGCGGGGAGAACGUGCGGGCGAGAGGGCACCCGGCGGCGAACAAAGGCCUGAAGAAGAAGGUGCUCCAAUCGCUGCCGAAGUUCGUGUACGGCGCCGCUUUCGUCGCCGAGAACGGCGGGAAGCAGUUGGCGGCGGACUGCGCGAUAUGCCUGGCGGAGUACGCCGAGGGGGAGGAGAUCCGAAUGCUCCCGCAGUGCGGCCACGGGUUCCACGUGCAGUGUAUCGACACGUGGCUGGGGUCCCACUCCUCCUGCCCGUCGUGCCGACAGAUCCUCAUCGUCGCUCGCUGCAGGAAGUGCGGCGGAGGGGAGUUCCCGCCAAUCCCCGCUGCCGGAGAUGAAACUCAGCUCCGCCGCGGCUGCGGCGGCGGCGGCGGCGCUAAUUUUCUGGUAUAGCUAGCUGGGCCCCGAUCCCCUCCACUGUAAAGCCGUAACCGUAAAAACUGUAUCGGGACAAUUCUGUUGACUUGUGGGACCCAACAACCCACGCCUGUAACCCGUGAUUUCCGGCAAGGCCAUGUGACGGCUCGCUCUCAUCUCAUCUCAUGUGACUUCCGGGUCGGGGCAAGGACAAGGGCAGUUUUCCGGAUGUUAUCACGGAUUAGUUACUCCUAGUAUUAGUUGUAGUGUUUUUUCUCUUCAUUUUCUCUCAAAUAUUUACCUACUGAACCAGUUAGUUAAAUUCGUACGGACUUAUAAUACUUAUUUUUGUACAUACAAAUUAAAAACUUAACAUGUUUGGUAACUCUUAAAUUAAUGAGUUUGGUCAUAAUUCACCUAAUAUUGUAGCUGAACGAGGAUUUUAUUAGCGUGUAUUAAUGGAUGCAUUACUCUAGAUUUACAUA